UAUGCUAGCAAGGGAGAUCUAGCGGUCGCUGGCUUCAGUUCACACUCAUGUACUUUAAUAUAUACACCAUGCUGAGAGAAAACAUUCAAGACACCAGUUUAGUGCGGUAAAAAUGUGACAUCAGGGAAUAUAUUUUGAGGAAAUUCAUAAUGCUACCCGUGCCUGUUUGUGUUUUUAUCUUUUCGUUCCCCCUUUUCUGUAGCUAGCUUAUGCCAGUCGUAGCCUCCUCCUAACAUUAGCACAAAACAGGUAAACACAGCGUUAGCAUCUGUAGCCGAAGAACUGGCCGGCUGUGUCCUACACCGGUGGCUGAGGUGCGGACUGUCGGAGAUGUUAUACCUCUGUUUUAAUUGUUCAAAGAGGGUCCAGGGCGUGGAGCUUAAAAUGAGAGACGGGGAUUUUAACGUAUAAAACAGAAACCAGGGAGGAUGAUUUCACGAUACAACCGGAGACCUGUAUCGCACAAACUUGAAAUUCGUGGAUUAUCUCGAAGUAGCCUGGACCACCACCCUCUCCCAGAGGAAGCAGAUGAUAACCAAACUCCUCAGCGUUACCUCCAUGACCUCCAGGAAGCUGUUUCCACUCACAACAGCUCAGAAACGUCUGGUGCCUCAGGCCACUCAGACUGCACCACCAUCGUCACAGUAGACUUCAACCAGUCCUGGUCAGGUAUCCACAGUUCCACGGGCACCGGCAUCUCCACAGAGAGGAGCUCUGUUUUCUCCUGGGGCUAUGAUGAAUUUGAUAAGGCAGCAUCUCGGCAGGUUCAGCAAAUGUUUGAGGAAAUCGACAAAGAGCUUUAUGAGGGGAGAGGCAGUGGGGGUGGGAUACUCCCAGGGCUGCAGGAUGAAUGUCAGCAGUGGGCCUUACGAUUUCCACAUCUCCGGAUCCUCGGGGCUCAGCUGGUGUGUCCCACCGAUGAUGGCUUCCAGUGGUACGCUACUUCAGGGAAGAGCAGUUCUUCCAGCAGCCCAUCAACAGGCAAAGAGAGCAGCAUCAAGUCCCAGGAGAAAGACAAAGGCGGCGCAGAGCUGAACGUGCAGGGCAGACGAGCGGUUCUGUCGAAGCCCUCCGCCUCUGAGUUGGAAGGACUUCAAGGCAUUUCCUCUGGUUCCGGCAACUACGACCGACAGAAAGUGAUAGAAGUGGAGGGUCUGAUGGAGGAGUACCUGGCUUUUGAUAGCAGGGACUUGGAUGAUGACCUGGAUCUGGAUUGUUCCGAGUCAGGUCGGUGGUAUCGGAGCUUGCCGCCUGUGUCCCCGUACCGCUGCCGUCGCCAGGCUGUUCUCGACCUGCUGUUCGAUGAUGUGUGGCGGCAGCUGGUUGGCUGGAUGAAAGAGCUGGUCCAACGACACUGGGAAGGCUAUGCCACAACAGAUGAUGAAAAACUCUGUGGGAACUUGAGCCCUGUGCAGCAGGACUCCAACAAUCCAUUCAUGCUGCUCUCCUCGCUGCCCACAAUGCUGCCCAAACUGGGCCAAAGCAGGGUUCCCCCGCUUGCAGCUGGACUGCAGCUCCAGAACUCAAAGUCAAGGGGCUCAAAGCACAAGUCCAGACGGAAAUCCAAAAAGCAGAAAAGGCCUUCCGCUACAGCAAGAGUCCCUGUGGGAGCAGCAGCGACUCAGCACAACCUGAAUGACCUCAUCGUGAUCCACAGCAUCCCUUUACAGCAGAGGAAUCUGGGGGUGCUGGACAGAGCUCAGGAGCCAGAAGAAAGGGUGUACCACAGACCUGGCUCCAGUGUCGUUCCAUCCAACAAACCUCGCCCUCGCCGAACCCUGGAGCAGAGCACUUCUUCAUUAACCCGCCCAGCCCAGUCAGCCCGACGCAGAAACCCACCUCCCCGAACUCUCCUACCACUGGUUCCCAGUCUGAGUCAGUCUAGCACCGCGGGAUCCAUGGAUGAGGUCAUUCGUGGGACACGUCUACCCACAGCCAGUGACCGCCUGACCUCUCCACUGUUGCCUCUGAGUAGAAACACACUUCUUCCCCCCAUCAGUGCUGGAGAAUCAGAGCUGACCCCCACAGCGCAGCCCAAACCUGCACAGCGUCAGAAAGGCCCGUCCAGCCGAGCUCACAGUGCUAUAAAUGAUGAAGUUGGCAGCUCAAUACCCAGAGAUCGUCAUCAUCUACUGGAUGGCUUCUCUCGGCCCAACACCACUCAUACGUACAGGUCAGACACUCCAUAUCGUCGAUCUUUCACAGUAUUGGACAAUAUUGGGCAGGGGCGGCCGGGCAGGGCCUCUGUGGGCACAGCAGACUCUCUUGGUAUUGGCGUGACCGGCAUCAGUCUUGGCAUCAGCAGCUCCUCUUUUUUGGACUCGUUUUCCCACCACCCCUUGGGCCACUUGCCUAUUAAAGAUGAAGAGGAGCCAGACCCACAAGCCCCCGUCCCAGCUCCACUGGUGCCUGUGUCCGUCCCACCUCGGUCUUACACUCGUGGAGGCAUCUCAUCCAGGGCUGGCAGACCUGGUUUGUAACUUUGAAACCACCUCCACAACUUACAGCCAUUCGUCUUUACACCAUAUACUGUAGUGCUAUUAUAUCAGUGCAGCAUCUGUGCCCACAAGUUUGUUUUUUUUACAUAAGUAGCAGAAUUUUUUCAUAUUAUGCUGUUAUGGUGAAUUUCUUUACAAAGUUUUUGGUAGAGGCUUAUUUUUGUACCUCUACAACAGCUAAAGUGGCUGCCAAACAACAUCCAUCUCUACGUACAGUAUGAGUGGACAUUUGUACCAUGUAUGUAUGAAGUGAAUGUGCAUAUAACUAUUUACAUGUGAAGGUACUGUAUAUUGACAUCUUUAGUUUGUUGUACAGCUUAAUGACUAUGCAGGGAAUGACACAUCCACCCACACAGGGAUAGAAGAUUUAAGGCACUUUUUUUUUUUACUCUGAUACUAUAUCAGAGUUUGGUACUGUAACUUUUAUAAGCAGACAAUUUUCAGUGGCUCAAUGUAAAAUAAAAACCCAGAGCCUCUGAUUGCAAACAGGAACUAGAACAUGUUGAGAUGCCACAUCGCUGGAACCCUUUCCUGUUGCCUUUUCUUACCAUGUAUUUUUAUUUUUCACUAUUAGGGCUCAGUUCAAACCAUAUCAAUUAGAAUGUUGUGGAAAUGGCAGAAAUCUUUUCAUCUCAAAACUCACUUAGAAGAAUCACGUCAGAGGUUCAUGGGAGCUGAUGGUAUUGUUGUGUAAAUAACCAGAGGAAGCAGUGUGUUUUGAACCGUGCAAAGUAUUUGAUGUACAUUUUUCACCGUUUCCUGUGCAAAGCCAAAGUGGGGUGCUUUGACAGGUAACAUCAGGGCAGCAGCAAAAAAAAGGGUAAAAAUAAACAAAAAUCAGUUUUCUGUUCAUUUAAGGUUAAAAUAAAAUGUUGGGCAGCCAUGCUUCAAAUGUGACAAAGCUUGAAACUCAACAUUGUCCUUCAAUGUAUUUUCUUUGAUUCAAUUUUAUACAAAAAUAAAGAGCUCUGUGCAAA